CACUCUUACUCCCUCACACACAUGUUCUCGCCCUCUCUCCCUCUUCCUCUGUGUCUCCUCAUUGGACCGUACGCUGCACAGGAGGUAAUUUCAGCCACUUAAUUUGUUAGUCAUCACUGGUUGUUGGAACAAGCUAAUUAAUAGGAGAGCGAGUGCGUGUGUGUUUGUGUGUACGUGUGUGUGUGCGUGCGUGUGUGUAGAAGAUUCGGAGACACUGCUGCUGCUGCCGCCGUCUCUCACGCUUCACCGUGGAGCAGGAGGGAUCGAGAGGAGAGUAGAGAGAGGAGAAGAAGAGGAGACACCGACUGCUGUGUGGAGGGAGAUUAUCACACCACUUCACUACCAUCAUCUGAUCUGACAUGGCUACCGCAUAGGAAUCCGGUGCCACGGCAACCGUCAGCUUUGGGAAGAGGUAUCCAAGCCUGUGUACUGUAUGUCCUGGGGCAGGGUGGUGGACUGCAGAGGCAGGAGAGAGGACAUAUGGCUGCGUGGGUCUCUACCCUUUGACUUGAGUCCUCAGAGCAGUAGGGUAAGGAGUGCGAGUGCCAGUCAGGGGGAGAUUCACAGAAACAGAGAGAAGGAUGGCAAUGGAGGGGAAGCCGGGUGUGAAGAGCAGCAGCUCCAUCGUCCCAUGCUUCCUGUUUGUGGAGCUGGUGAUCAUGGCUGGGACGGUGCUGCUGGCUUACUACUUUGAGUACACGGACACCUUCCCCAUUCACAUCCAGGGCUUCUUCUGCUACGACAAGACCUUCUCCAAGCCCUACCCCGGUCCGGACGACACCAGCAAGAUCCCCCCAGUCCUCAUCUACUCGCUCGUCACAGCCAUCCCCACCAUCACGAUUCUUGUCGGAGAGCUGUGUGCCUUCUUCACCAAGGCAGAGGGAACCCAGGAGAAGACCAUCGUUACUGCAGACUGCUGCUACUUCAAUCCCCUGCUGAGACGCAUUAUACGCUUCCUAGGUGUCUAUGCAUUCGGCCUGUUCACCACCACCAUCUUCGCCAAUGCCGGCCAGGUGGUGACAGGAAACCAGACACCUCACUUUCUGUCUGCCUGCCGACCAAACUACACGGCACUGGGCUGCCAGUCCACCAUGCAGUAUAUCGCGGAGCGCCGUGCCUGCACGGGGAACCCGCUGGUCGUCAUGUCCGCUCGUAAAUCCUUCCCGUCCAAGGACGCGGCGCUCAGCGUCUACUCCGCAGUGUACACAGUGAUGUACGUGACGCUGGUGUUCAAGACCAAAGGCACACGACUGACCAAGCCCACCAUCAGCCUCACCUUGCUCUGUCUGGCCAUGCUAGUAGGCGUGGUCAGGGUGGCUGAGUACCGCAACCACUGGGCUGACGUCCUGGCGGGAUUCUUCACCGGUGGAUCCAUCGCUGUGUUUUUGGUGACAUGUGUGAUUAACAACUUCCAGCAGAUGCAGCCCAGUCCUCCCCCACCGCGGCCCCAACGCCCCGAGUCUGUGCUGGGCAUGCCGAUGGUGACGCUGCCCUGUGUGGAGAGUCCACUCGAAAAACUCCGCGGGGAUCUCCGUUCACCGAGAUCACAUGACCAUCAGCCCUAUCGGUUCCCCGCCACCCCCGAUGUCCUCAUACCGUCUCGCUCCAUUUCCAGCGAAGUCUAGACCAGUCGGAGCAGCACUCGCCGCAAUGCGCCGCCCAUCCGGCUGGGCGGCACACAACGCUGCACCGCUCCUAUUCCACGCAGGUCUAGACCUACCCUAAUACACACACUCCCAUCCCUGUUGCCCUCUCAACCCCCGGGGAACCGAUAGGUAAACUCUUUAAAGACUUUCUCUUUGCUGGACUUCUAGUAAAGUAAAGAACUGAACAUUCAGUACAGAGUCAGGUACACCUCUUUCUUUCUCUUUUCAGUUUAAAUCUUAGAAUUAAAGACUUUGGUUGUAACUUUUUUUGUAUUUCAUCUUCAGUGGUGUGCUCUGUAACAGAAAACACAUCAAACUGUGUUUUUUUAUUUUCCAAUGGUGUGAAUGAGUUUUUACCCGUUUGAAGGAGACACGUGCUGAAAGCUAAACGCGACGCUGAACUCGCUGUACAACUCCCAGGACGCAGGCUUUGAUGUCUCCUGUCAGGAGGUUGCCGUGUUUGGACCAAAGAAACCCGCCGAAGGAUGCGCGUGAAGGAUGCUGAGAUUUACCUGUAAAAACACCCUUUUAGCAAGCCAUAUGCACGCACACACACACACACACACACACACACACACUUUUUUCACCCUUGGUCUCACUCUUUCUCCAUAUCUCAUCCCAUCCACACACACACACACACACACACACACUGUAGUGUGAGUAGCGGUGCCCCAGUCAGCUCGGCGUGAGGUUUACUCAGAUCAAAGAAUCCAUUUCAUAUCUCUCAGCAGAAGCAGCAGACAAAAGCAAACAGGAUGAAAGUACCGACAUCUUCACUUGGCUUUCUUCUUCAUGUUUUCUCUCUCAGAUGGUUGCAGCUUUGCCAAAAAAAUGUGAAAUACAAACACAUUUGAUAAAGACAAAGCCGAGCUCCCCGGCCGCGGGUGGCACGACAGUGAGCCAAAUAAAGUGCACCGUGUUCAGGAGCAAAUAUUUGAUUUUUAUAUUCUUUGGAGACGAGGAGCCUUCAGACAAAACAAAACACCUUCUGUGACGCUAACAGACUCUUUGUUUGUUUUCGCUCAUGAACCUCAUCGCUCACCCUCAACGGGAAUUUUCCUUUUUUUUGCAGAAUCUUUCAAAAUAUUUGCCACAGACUGCCCGACUCAUGUAAUUAUUGUGAUUCAUUUUACGAUCAGAUUUAUUUAUUGACAUGUAUAUACAGUGUGGUUGCCAUGAGCGCUCCAUGUGGCGUGACAGUUUUGCUGAUUUUGAUUUGCACACUCCUUCAAAUCAACAUUUCUUUGAAUUCCCCCGCUACUUUCUUAUAGCCUCUGUUUCUUUCUUACUUCUCUGUGACUAUAAUACCAUCACUGUGCUGUGAAAUGUUUCCCUCUGCUGGACAACACACACACACACACACACACACACACACACACACACACAUGCAUGCACAAGAAUAAAGACCUGUUUUACAGAGCACACAUAUAUUAAAGCACACACACAUGCACAAUCACUCGUAUGUCCUCUAUCCUAGUUGUUACUGUACGUCCCUUCCCCUUAAUCCAGUUUCUAACCUGUUUGUAUGAUAUUGUACAUAAGUCGUUUUUUGUAUUGAGAGUGUGAUUUUUACACAAGCAUUACCAACACUCAGUGUGGAGAUUGGGGAAAAUGUUGUAUUUAUUAUGAUGAACAGUGUGUAUGAAGGUGCUGAACCACUCUGAACCAACACUGGAUCAGCCGGAAAACACCCAGAUGGCUCACUCUUUGAGUCAGACUACAUGCCCGCAGGCAGGAGAUGUUUACUCACAGUUUAUCACAUACUGUGAGUUCAUGAGGUUCUAAACUCAAAGCCUUUUCUGUUUUCAAUUCUCACAUGAGCUUAAGUAGCCCACCUGAAUCAGUUUUCCCUCUUUGGUUGUCAAAUCUUCAUACAUGUAUUGUCUUAUGCUGGCCCACAUUGUCAGAUUUGGGUCAAAAAGCUAGCACAGAGGAGCAACAUUCAUUUGUUUUUCUACAAUAUUCACUCCAUUCAGUUCAACUGUCAGUUUAGUUUUAUUUCUAUAGCACCCAAUUAUAACAAAAGUUAUCUCAUGACUCUUUCCACCAUGAGCAAGCACUUGUUGACAGUGGCAAGGAAAACCAGGCAGAAACCCGGGUCAUUGGUGGGCGGCCAUCUGCCGUGACCGGUUGAGUUAAAGAGAGGGGUGCAUAGACUAUGUUUCUGUUUCGGUGUCUCUUAAAAAAUCUGAUUCUUUAGAUUUAUUAAAUGUAUUUAUUAAGCAGCAGCUAGAAUACAGUGGGUUUUGCACAGCUUGGUCACAGCUACCUGCUGCUGUUAAUCAAAACAAUGUGCUGAAAGAUGCUAAAAUGCUUCAUAGACUCCCGUCCUUAGUCAUGGUUGUUUGAGCCAUUGUUAAUAUAGAAACAUUGACUCAUUCAGCUUUAAGAAUUUGAAUCUGAAAUUGGUGUGGGUGGAAAUCUGAGGACAUAGUCUUAACGGAAGAUUUUUAAACUUGUUAGCGCAAGAUAAUCUAAAUGGUCUAUUCUUUGCCAACAUGUUAGCCAUGACAACAACUUUACAAGGUGUGUCAUCACCUAUGUCAGCAACUUGUUCUACCAACCUCAAGUGAUGACAAAAAAAAUGACUUAGUGCUGCUUUAACCUUCUCUUUUUGUUUACACUUGGCCUUGUGAGCUAACAUUAGCUCGUGGAUGUGUCCGCAGAUUUAACAACAAAAAAACUGAGAAAAUUGAUUUCCUGCACGAGAUAACAAAGUAUCAUGACUCGUGCCAGGAAGUGGUUGAUCUUUUUUUAAUAUGACUUCAAUCAAGUCCUGACCAUGUGGUUAUAUGUGCAUUAUAGCCAUCAAGGGUAUGUACUGAAUCAUCCGGAUUAUCCCCUGGAUCUCAUGUGAGAAAGAUAGCAUAGAGAUUUACUGAGCAGCUUGUACUGUAAAAAAAUAAAUAAAUCACAAAAAAAAAAACUGUGACAUGGCUCAGAGAGUCAGAGCACAUAUACCACGUACUUGCAAAGUCGUGAAUUUGAGUCAGAUUCACAACCUUUGCUGGAUGACAUUCCUUCAUUCCGUCAUUGCUCUCCAGAAGUCGGUGUCUCCAUGAAGCAGACAUGCCUUAAAAACAAUCUUAAUUCAGAAAUGCAACAACAGAACAUGAAUCUCAGUAACUCUUCACAGAUGCAGUCAGUCAGCCUCUGGAUCAGUGUUCACCGUGUGAGCUCUGCUUUCGUACAAAUGAAUGAACGGCAAAAGAAAAAAAAAAAGAUUUCCCUUCAG